AUGUACCGCAACAGGUUGAACAACAUCCGGAACCCUGGGAUCUACUGGAUCCACGUGUUCAUGUACACCUACCUGGGCUUCAUGGUGUUCCUGGUGUUCAUAUCGGUGCCUCUGCUUCCGUUCUUUAUCGAGCAGCGCGCCGUUUUCGCGCGCGAGUGGACCACAAGCUCGCUAAGCGUUGUGAGCUACGUGUGCUCCAAAUUCCCUGGACACGUUGCCCGGCACCUUCCUGGCCACAGCAAUGUCGACAGCGGUGGUGACACUGCUGACGGAUCUCAACGCCAUCGAACACUUCCUGUUGAACAUGUUCCUGCCGCUGGUGGUGUCCAAGACUUGAUCGGCGACGCCGCGCCGCGCAACAUCAUUGGCAUCGCGCAGGACGACGUGUUCGGCAUAAUAAUGCUGUGA